ACCCCAAUUAGUCAUCUAAAGAAGUGCUGGCUGUGUGAAUUAUCAUAUGCAUCCUCUAUGUUGGGUAUGCAUAUAUGGUAUAUAUGUGCCCUUCACCACAGACAACUCUCUCUCCUCUCUCUAGUAUUCCUGCAAGGCAAGGCAGACAGGCCUUUUGUCACGAUGUUAGCUAGAGACCACCGAUAUUAAUAAUCUGUAGUAGCAUCACAACACAUAAUUGAAUGCUUUAGUGUUCAUAUCUGCUGGCUCUCACAUGGGGUUUCAGAUAGAUAGAUCAGAUAAACAGUGUUAUUUUCAGUUGUCAUAAUUGGAGCAAUCUUGACAAAUAUUUACUUGUAGUUCACCAUAACACCACCACCAUAGCCUGAUUCGCUUCUCUUCCCUUCUGCUAGCUAUAUUUCAUAUCAUCAGGACUACUUCUGUUCCCAUUCAAAGCCUUUUCUUUUUUCUUUUUUCAAGGAAAGGAAUUUCUGUUAAUGUUGUAUCAUCAUGCAUGUGUCUAAUUGGUCCAGGAUCGGCCAUGUUAGUUGUGGAUGAGCUUAACUCUCAAGUACCAUAGCCAUAUUACUGGUAUUUUCUUUUAUCUGAAUCCUCAUUCCCCAAAAUUUAACUUUAUUUCUUUUUGUGCUUCUCCUCAAUUCAUUAGUGUUAAAAUAUAAUUCAACGCAUCAUUGUAGAUUUUUCUUUUGAGCAGGAAAUAAAUUAAAGAGGUACAGUAAGCAGAGAGCUUAGAUUGAAUCUUCUUGUAUUGUUUACUUCCCUAGCUGCCCUGUUUCAUUCAACAGACUAUUGUUGACUGUUUCUUGAGUUCAUUUUCUGUCCUUUUUUUCUUCAAUACAAAAUGGUAGCAUAUAGAAACUUUCAACAACUUGGGCAUACAAGAAAUUAUAGUUUUAGUUUCUUAAUAGUUUCAGCCAUUUCUAGAAAUUGAAGCACUCAAUCUUUAUUAUUUCUGAAAGUCAAGGUUCUUGUUCAUACUAGACUAUUUCAACUGUUUAUAGACUACAGUUCUCUUGUUCAGUUGCCGAGUGUGAACUUAAAAUAAAGGGCUGGAGGUCAUGUAGAUGAAUGAAACAAAGAAACCAUAUAUGUGUUUUCCACAGACUAGUCUUGACAAGCAGAGAAGAUGGAUUCGGGAAAAUCUAUUAGAAGUCUUGCUGUAUCCCUUCAUUCUCUACUUGGGCUGAAGGCACAUCUGACUUCCAACUGGGUUAAAUCAGUUUCUGAAAUAAUAAAAACCCUUCCAACUGAAAAAUCAGUUGACAUGCAGCCAACCAAGUCUGAUACCGAUGAUGAUGGUGAUUCAAUUUCAAAAAUACAAGAUGAACUGACUGUCUUGAAUAACCACAUAAACCAACUGAACAUAAAGAGGAGGCAGAUCCUAAAUGAGUUCUUCGACUUGAAAGGGAACAUCCGUGUAUUUUGUCGAAUAAGACCUAUCGCAUUUGGGGAGAAUUUAGGUCAUUUAAGACCUGUUGUAGCAUCGAAUUCAAAUGAAGUUGUUCUAAAGCUUAUGGAGAAUAAGAGCAAGAGUUACAAUUUUGACAAGGUUUUCCACCCAGGUUCAUCCCAAGAUGAAGUUUUUACAGAAGUUGAACCCAUCAUCAAAUCAGUCAUUGAUGGUUACAAUGCCUGCAUUUUUGCAUAUGGGCAAACCGGCACAGGAAAAACUUUCACAAUGGAAGGUAGUGCAGAUACUACAGGCAUAGUGCCACGGGCUAUUGAGGCUCUGUUUAAGCAAGCAGUGGAUUGUAACCAUGCAUUUCUCAUCAGUUUCAGUAUGCUUGAGAUUUACAUGGGGAAUCUAAAGGACUUGCUUGUCCCCAAACCAACAAAAGCUACAGACCCGAUGCCACCUUGCCUUUCAAUUCAAACAGAUCCAAAGGGAGGAAUUGAAAUCGACAACCUUGUGGCCAUUAAAGUGAACGACUUCAACCAAGCUCUGAGGCUGUACAGAUUGGGUUGCCGAUUCAGAACAACUGCCUCCACAAAUUCCAACCUGACAUCUAGCAGAUCUCACAGCAUGAUACGGGUAGCAAUAACUUGCUUCGAUGCUGCUGAAAGGCGACGGGAAACAAAUAAAUUAUGGUUAGUUGACCUCGGGGGAAGCGAGCGUGUAUUGAAGACAAAGGCAUGGGGCAAAAGACUCGAUGAAGGGAAAGCCAUUAAUUUGUCACUCUCUGCUCUUGGGGAUGUGAUUAGUGCCCUCCAAAGGAAAAGGCACCAUAUACCUUACAGGAAUAGCAAGCUGACACAAGUUCUUAAAGAUUCCUUAGGUGAUGAUUCAAAAACAAUUAUGCUGGUCCAUGUCAGUCCCAAAGAAGAAGAUUUGUGUGAGACCAUAUGUUCUUUAAAUUUUGCAACAAGGGUGAAAAGCGUUCAUCUAGGAAAUGAGGAUACAAUUGAAGCUAAAGAGCAAAAGGGAGUUGCAAUGGCAGAUCUGCAGCAAGAGAUGAAACAUAUUGAAGAUGAACGGCUGCUUGUUAGAAGUGACAUUGAGAAAAUAAACAAGAAAUUAGAAAAUCUAACAGGGACAAAUCCAUCGUCUGAGGAGCAACUGGAGGCAUUCCAUUCUUUAAUCAAAGAUCAGCUUACAAAGAGCAGGAUAGUAGAUAUUACAGUGACUCCCUUAUCAAAGGUACCAAGAUUUAUGAGGCCAACCAUUUGCAGCAAAAGAAAAUCUGGGACGGGGCAUCAAACUUCUGAAGGAAGAGAUGACACAGUCCUGACAAGAAGGAGAAGACCAACAUCUCAUCGCGCAGAGUCUGUGAGUUUCCCUGUAAAGGAUCAUUCAGAAUACAAUUCAGACCGCAGCAUUUCCAGAUCUAGCUGUUUGGCUGAGUUGAACAUGAAAAUUAGUGCUGAUAAUGCAACAGAAUGCAGCCAAGACACAUCCGAAACUGAUUUUAAAUCUAAUGGUCUCCAAGAACAAGAAAGAGCACCAGGAAGUUUGAUUAGUCAAAAGGUUGGCAUCAGUCACAUCCAGAAAAAUAGCAGUAGACAGGUGAACAAAAUUAACCAUAUCAAAUUUUCGAAGGUUGAUAAUUGGCUGCAUCUACAGAAGAGUGAAUCCACUCUAAGUAGUUGCAGUCAAAGGACAAAACGGGUUUUAGCUGUUCCAAUUCCUGAGAGGAAACAUAAGACUAAUGUACAGAGCAAAGCAGACGAGAAAGUGCAAGACUAUGUGUAUACAAAGCAAGAAGUUGUCAACCAUGAUAAAUUAAAUAAUCAUGCAACUACAGGGGCAGUUGGAAAGCCCAUAUCAGAAGUGGUCAUUGAAAAACCACUGAAGAUGUUAAGAGAUUUAUUUAAUGAGGACUCAAGAUCCGAUGUUACUACUCCAUUACAGACAACUGGAGGGGAAACAACGAUACAAGUACAGCAUUCUGUGGAUGGCUCAUUAACAGGGGAUAGUGAAAAUGACACCUCUUCUCCACCAGAUGAGUGUUCUCCUAGACUUGAAGAAUGUGAGGAUGGCAACGGGGUCAAUGCUAUGUCAACUACACAGGCACCAGAAGGAAAAAUACAAAGUUCAGAUUGUUUCCUGCUAAAGAACAGUGGGUGCAGUGAAUGUUAUCCAUCUGAGUUAUAUACUACUUCUGUUUGUUCAAAAAGAGAUUCCGGUGUCUCCUUUUCCAUGUUAGAACUGGAAUCAUGCUGUCAGCAAGCACCCACUGAAUCAAAUAUGGAAGACAGUGAAACUCAAGGUUUUUACUCCUUUCAGCCCUCGGAAAAAGAGACAAGACAUGGCCUUCUUCAGUUGAAAUCUCAGAGAGCUUUAUUUACGAACAGCGAAAAUCAUGAGGACUUAGCUGUGCCCUUUGGUAAACCAGAAGGAAAAGCACAGAACACAGGAAUAUGCCAUGUUGUUAAGCAGAAAAUCGAGAUUUUAUGCUCCAGUGCUCUUCUAGGAUUAGGACUUUAUAACCUGGGAUUUGACCAUGAUUUCUUCUAUGGUUUAAUGCUUUGAAGCAGCUCCAGUGGAUGACGACCUGUGUAAUGAAUAUAUUUAUUUUUCUGUCUGUAUACAAUAUGCUCAUUUCAACUUUACUAUCCCUGGCAAGGCUACAACAGUGGGAUAUCCUAGAAGCUAUCUUGCGUAAAAAAAUCUUAUGCUGUGAGUCCAAUCUGUAAUUUUAUUUAUUUAUUUAUUUUUCCUGAACGAGAACUCACAAAAUGUAGCAGCAGCAUUAUUUAAAUGGAACUACAUAGGAUUUUGGAGGAA